AUGGAUCCUAAAGAUUCGAAAAACUCCAAAACCAUCAUUUCGGAAAAAAAUCCACAACUUCAGAAAUUAAUCUCAGAAUCUCAGAAUCUCAGAAUCUUAGAAUUUCAGAAUCUCAGAAUCUCAGAAUUUCAAAAUCUCAGAUACUCAGAAUCUCAGAAUCUCAGAAUAUUAGAAUUUCAGAAUCUCAGAAUCUCAGAAUCUCAGAAUCUCAGAAUCUCAGAACCUCAAAAUCUUAGAAUCUCAGAAUUUCAGAAUCUCAGAAUCUUAGAAUCUCAGAAUUUCAGAAUCUCAGAAUCUCAGAAACUCAGAAUCUCAGAAUUUCAGAAUCUCAGAAUCUUAGAAUCUCAGAAUUUCAGAAUCUCAGAAUCUCAGAAACUCAGAAUCUCAGAAUUUCAGAAUCUCAGAAUCUCAGUAUCUCAGAAUCUCAGAAUCUCAGAAUUUCAGAAUCUCAGAAUCUUAGAAUCUCAGAAUUUCAGAAUCUCAGAAUCUCAGAAACUCAGAAUCUCAGAAUUUCAGAAUCUUAGAAUCUCAGAAUUUCAGAAUCUCAGAAUCUCAGAAUCUCAGAAUCUCAGAAUCUCAGAAUCUCAGAAUCUCAGAAUCUCAGAAUCUCAGAAUCUCAGGAUCUCAGAAUCUCAGAAUUUCCGAUUCUCAGAAUCUCAGAAUCUCCGAAUCUCAGAAUCUCAGAAUCUCAGAAUCUCAGAAUCUCAGAAUUCCAGAAUCUCAGAAUCUCAGAAUCUCAGAAUCUCAGAAUCUCAGAAUCUCAGAAUCUCAGAAUCUCAGAAUCUCAGAAUCUCAGAAUCUCAGAAUCUCAGAAUCUCAGAAUCUCAGAAUCUUAAAAUCCAUUCUGAAAUUCUGAAUUUCUGA